AUGUGGAAGCUAACGACCGGUGCGGCUGCAGCCCGGGGACCGUGGCUGCAGUCAAACAACGGCUUCCUUGGGCGGCAAGUGUGGGAGUACGACCCCGACGCUGGCACGCCGGAGGAGCGCGCCGAGGUCGAGAGGCUGCGCGAGGACUUCACCAAGCACCGCUUCCAGAGAAAGGAGUCCCAGGACCUCCUCCUCCGGUUGCAGUAUGCAAAACCAAACCCUAUGCUGAAUAUUCCAAGACUGAGUCCUCAAAAGAUCACAGAUGUCACCGAAGAACUUAUAACUACUUCUUUGAAGCGAGCUCUAUAUCAAUAUUCCACUCUUCAAGCACACGAUGGACAUUGGCCUGGUGAUUACAGUGGAAUUUUGUUCAUUAUGCCUAUUAUUAUAUUUUCAUUAUAUGUUACGGGAUCACUUAACACUGUAUUAUCACCGGAACAUCAGCGUGAGAUAUGCCGCUACAUUUACAAUCAACAGAACGAGGAUGGAGGGUGGGGAAAACAAGUUCUGGGCCCAAGUACCAUGUUUGGAUCAUGUACGAGCUACGCGUCCUUAGUGCUUCUUGGUGCGAAGCUGGACGGUGAUCAGGAUGCAUUGAGUAAGGCGAGACAGUGGAUUUUAUCGCAUGGAAGUGCAACUGCAAUGCCACAAUGGGGAAAAGUAUGGCUCUCGAUAAUUGGAGUAUAUGAAUGGUCAGGAAAUCAUCCGAUUAUACCAGAAUUGUGGUUGGUACCAGAUUUUCUUCCUAUUCACCCAGGUCGAUUUUGGUGUUUUACCCGGUUGGUGUAUAUAUCAAUGGCAUACCUUUAUGGGAAGAAAUUUGUUGGGCCACUAACUCCCACAAUACUAUCACUUCGUGAGGACCUAUAUAGUAUACCUUACGAGCAGAUUAACUGGGACAUGGCUCGUGAUUCUUGUGCCAAGGAGGACCUUCUCUUUCCACGUUCAUAUGCACAAAACCUUGUAUUUAGUUGCCUGAAUAAGUUUGUGGAGCCGAUGUUGAAUUGCUGGCCAGCAAACAAGCUAAGAGAGAGAGCUCUGAGUAACAUCAUGAAGCAUAUACAUUAUGAUGAUGAAGCAACUAAAUAUGUUAAUAUUUGUCCUAUUAAUAAGGCAUUGAAUAUGAUUUGUUGUUGGAUAGAAGACCCAAACUCGGAUGCAUUCAAACAACAUCUUCCUAGAUUUUUUGACUAUUUGUGGCUUUCAGAGGAUGGAAUGAAGGCACAAGUAUAUGAUGGUUGUCAUAGUUGGGAGACAUCGUUCAUAAUCCAAGCAUAUUACUCCACGGGUCUUUUUGCUCUGUUUGGGCCAACUCUGCAAAAAGCUCACGAGUUCCUGAAGAACUCACAGAUUCUUAGCAAUCAUCCAAAUUAUGAAAGUUACUAUCGCCAUAGAUCGAAAGGUUCAUGGGGUCUUUCAAGCGUAGACAAUGGUUGGUCCGUGUCUGAUUGUACCGCAGAAGCUGUUAAGGCAUUGUUGUUGUUAUCAAAGAUUUCACCUGAUCUUGUUGGAGACAAAAUUAGACAAGAUCGGUUGUAUGAUGCCAUCGACUGCAUCAUGUCUUUCAUGAAUAAGGAUGGCACCUUUUCGACUUAUGAAUGCAAACGGACAUUCUCGUGGUUAGAGGUUCUCAACCCUUCAGAGAGUUUUCGUAACAUUGUCUCCGACUAUCCUUCUGUGGAAUGCACAUCCUCGGUUCUUGAUGCUCUUGUACUAUUCAAAGAAUUAUAUCCAAAAUAUCGUGCGAGCGAUAUUCAGAAGUGUAUUAAAGCUGCUUCUUUAUUUCUUGAGAAGACUCAAAAGAAUGAUGGCUCGUGGUACGGUUCUUGGGGAAUAUGUUUCACUUAUGGAACCAUGUUUGCAGUAAGGGGAUUAGUUGCUUCUGGAAGAACUUAUGAAAAUAGUCAUGCCAUCAGAAAAGCAUGCAAUUUUAUGUUAUGUAAGCAACAAAGUACAGGUGGAUGGGGUGAAAGCUAUAUUUCAAGUGAAAUUGAGGAUUAUGUUGACAGUGGUAAUCCUAAUGCUGUGAACACUUCGUUUGCAAUGUUGGCUUUAAUUCAUGCUGGGCAGGUUGAACGUGAUCCUGUACCUAUCUAUCGUGCAGCAAGACUAUUGAUCAACAUGCAACUAGAAACAGGCGAAUUCCCUCAACAGGAACAUAUGGGAUGUUUUAACUCUUCUUUCUACUUCAACUACGCUAACUACCGCAACUUAUACCCCAUUAUGGCCCUUGGGGAGCUUCGUCGUCGACUUCUUGCAAUCAAUAGCUAG